AUGGUUCGUCCCGAUGAAUUCGAACCGUUGGAGGUGAUAGGAAGAGGGUCGUUUGGUCAGAUUCGUAAGGUCAGGAGAAUCACAAAUGGAGAAAUACUGGCAAGAAAAGAGAUAUCUUACAAAUCUAUGAAUCAGAAAGAGAAAGCUCAACUGAUAGCGGAGUUUCGAAUUUUGAAGUCAUUGGUCCACCCCAACAUUGUUCAAUAUUUACACCAUGAACACUUGGUAGAUGAGCAUAUUGUACAUUUGUAUAUGGAGUACUGUGGUGGCGGAGACUUGGCUGGUUUGAUAAGUCAAUGUCGAAGUUCAAAUACUCUUGUUCCUGAAAAUGUUAUCUGGGGGGUUUUCACACAACUAAUAAUGGCUCUCUAUCGAUGCCAUUAUAAUGAGGAUCCUCCUCCAGUACCAGAAGAUUUAUUUGGUAACGAUUCAGAUACGCCACCACCGCCAAAUCCAUCGACUGUUAUUCUUCAUCGUGAUAUUAAACCUGAUAACGUGUUCUUAGAUGAGAACUAUUCAGUCAAAUUAGGCGAUUUCGGUCUUGCUAAAAUGCUUGACCAAGAAAACAGGUUUGCCAGGACCUAUGUAGGAACUCCAUAUUACAUGAGUCCUGAAGUACUAUUGGACGAACCGUCGACUCCAUCAAGUGAUGUAUGGUCCCUAGGAUGCGUGAUUUAUGAGCUUUGCGCUUUACAUCCUCCUUUCCAGGCGAAAACACAUAUGGCAUUAUCUCAAAAGAUCCGCGAAGGAGCUUUUGAUGACAUUCCCAGCUGUUAUUCCAGCACUCUAUCAAGAACGAUUACUGCAUGUUUGAAUACCAAUCCACUUCAACGACCAACAACAGCCACUUUGUUACGACUCGAUAUUAUUAAAUUAUGUCGCAAAGAGCGAGAGAUCCUGACCCGUGAACGGGAAUUGAAAGCUAUUGAACAGAUUCUCAUUGAACGUGAACAUCAGAUGGAACAACAGCUCGAACAACAGAGAUUCCAGAUGGAACAAGAAAUUGAGCAAGAAAUGUAUAACAGGCUUGAACAACGAUUAGCAGGUGUGCUGGAAGCCGAGGUCGAGAAGAGGGUGGAAAUCGCAUUAAAGUCUGUCAUGGCUAACAAUAACAAUCCCAACCAGGUAGCAGUGUCUCCAAUUGAUACUAGCAUGCUGGUCGCACCAUCGUCGCCAAUUCCGGGCAUGUCCACAGGCCGUAAUGUUCGCGGUCCAAGAUCUAUUCGAGACGCUAUCAUCUCGCCAUUGCGAGACAUGUCCAACAGUCAGUACCGGACAACAGCCAUUGACAGUCCACUUUCUUAUUAUCCCAAAAAUGCCAGCAACAGCAACAUCAAUAGCAGCAACAGCAGUAACAGCAGCAGUAACAACACUGUCAAUGUCAACAUUGAAGGGCUAGGCCUGUCAGAUGGAUCCGGAACAUCGUCGACAAACUCCGGAUCGUCAGUGUCCAGCACCUCGAGUACCGGAACAUCGUCAGACCCGACUGCCAACUGGAUCACAUCGAAAAAAGACCCUCAACGAGUCGCACCACACUACCAAGCCAUGCAUUCGUCGCCAGGAAUCGGAGCAGCAGCAGCCAAAGCACGACUGCUGAACACCAAAGGCUCGACGCCAGGAAUGCUCGGGCGCGUGGCCGUGCAACUCCAACGAGAAGCACAAGACACCACCCAGAUCUGGGACGAAAACAUCCACGGCGACAACAUGCCGAGCCCGUUCCUCCGGCGAUGGGAACGUCGCACUGUGAGCUGA